UUACGCCCUUUUCUGUUUUUCUCUGACCCUACACACAUUAUGUCUGUCUUUCUAAAUGAUUGUAACGUGUUACAGUCAAACUAAAGAGAACGCGAAGUGUUAAAACGUGUUUUAUUUACUAAGGAAGUCCAUAGCAUAGUUUGCCAGUGACAGGUUGUUAGCUUAGCAUAAGUUGGCACAGUGUGGACUCACGCACCUGCCAAACCCAAACAGUUUGCGACUUAUUGUUUGGUGGUAUUUUCUUUCUAUACUUACGUUCAAUAAUCCAUACAUCAAUCAAUACUUGAUAGAAACACUUUAGUCCACAAUUAUUGUUGAGUUGAAUGUCAACGUUGGAUUUGUUACUCCGCUAACAAGCUAACCUACAGCUAGCUCGUGUCAAAGCUAGCUAGCCUAGCAUACCAAAGGUUACUGUGACUAACGUUAUAGCUAACUAGAUUAUUUAGAUAUGUGGCUCGCUAGCUACAUCCAUUAGCUUUAGCGUAGCCGAUACAUGGCGCAAUGUUUUCCUAUCAGUAUAGCUAUUAGCUGGGUAGGUAAAGUCACUUGAAAUUGUUUGGAGGUUAUUAGCUAACACGAAUUGGCUAGCUAGUGCCUGCUAAUAAUAUAUCAUAACUAGCCAACGUUGGGUAGCUAGUUUUAUUGCUACUACUGUGUGGAAAGUUUACUUGUUUGGGUGUCUAAAUUGAUUGACGUACGAGUGUAACUGCAACAGCGGUGUUUAGGCUCACUUGUGUUCAGUCGGAUAAUUAUUUUAUCUUCGGUGUCCGGGUUAUCUAGGCAGUUAACUAAAUCAAGGGAAUUGAGGGGUUCUUGUGCUGAUUUAUAUGGCGAGUCCUUCUGUUGGUGCUGUUAGGUCUAGCACGUGGUAAUCCUCAACUAUCUCAUUAAAUUAUUCUAUCCCUUCUUGAUGAGGGAACUGUGGUCCAGUGUUUCAUUAAUGAAUAACUAUAGUUACCAUUACUGCCAAUGCUACCCUAGUUAUUAGAAUGAUCUGAACUUAGUGACCCUUGGUCAGAUCAGAGUUAAAGGUGGGGACUUGUCUUGCCCUGCUAGAGUUGGUGCCUUGCUUGCUAGAGUCCGGACCAGAGAUGUAAAACGGAGGACAGCAUGUGGUUGCUAACUUGCUGUCUCAUUACUGUCAAUGUUUACAAGUGUUGAGGCUAAUUGAAAUAAGUUACACACCACUGACAAGAUCAGUGAAUGAUCAAGGAUGAACCGGUUCUGUUAACGAAUUGAAUCAAUGCUUACUCACAUGGUCAUGUGUACUCAAAUAGUCAGGUGUACUCAAAUAGUCAGGUGUACUCAAAUAGUCAGGUGUACUCAAAUAGUCAGGUGUACUCAUGGUCAGGUGUACUCAAAUAGUCAGGUGUACUCACAUGGUCAGGUGUACUCAAAUAGUCAGGUGUACUCAUGGUCAGGUGUACUCAAAUAGUCAGGUGUACUCAAAUAGUCAGGUGUACUCAAAUAGUCAGGUGUACUCAUAGUCAGGUGUACUCAAAUAGUCAGGUGUACUCAAAUGGUCAGGUGUACUCAAAUAGUCAGGUGUACUCAAAUAGUCAGGUGUACUCAAAUGGUCAGGUGUACUCAAAUAGUCAGGUGUACUCAAAUGGUCAGGUGUACUCAAAUAGUCAGGUGUACUCACAUAGUCAGGUGUACUCAAAUAGUCAGGUGUACUCACAUGGUCAGGUGUACUCACAUAGUCAGGUGUACUCAAAUGGUCAGGUGUACUCAAAUGGUCAGGUGUACUCACAUGGUCAGGUGUACUCACAUGGUCAGGUGUACUCACAUGGUCAGGUGGAUACGACCACCUAUAUUUCACUGAGUUAACUUUUCCUCUUUGCCAGUUUGGGACCAAUAUCAUGGAGGCCGCAGGGUUCUGUGGAAUGGAGGUGGCGACUCGGGGGCUAGUGGGGGGAUCUGGCAGCAGCUCCCCUCCAGAGCUGGACAGCCCAGGUAGCCAGGAGCACCUGGGGAUGUUUGAGCUGGUCAGUAGCUGCUGCAGUGAGGAGGUGAGAGGGGAGACUCCAGGGAGAGAGGACUGCCCCCUGGACCCCAACAAUGCUGAGCUGGACCCAGGCGGUGGUGGUGGCAAGAUCAAGGACCAAAAGGGAUUGGGAAAAGAGGUUCUCUUACUGAUGCAAGCCCUGACCACACUAGCCUCCCCAGAGGAGAAGCUGGCCGCUUUGUGCAAGAAGUAUGCUGAUUCGCUGGAGGAGAGCCGCAGUAUACAGAAGCAGGUGAAGGCGCUGCAGAAGAAGCAGUCCCAGAUGGUCAAAGAGAAGAUCCACCUGCAGAGUGAACACAGCAAGGCCAUCCUGGCACGCAGCAAGCUGGAGAGCCUCUGUAGGGAACUGCAGAGACACAAUAAGACCCUGAAGGAUGACAACACGCAACGGUCCAGAGAGUAUGAGGAGCGUCGGAAGGAGGCCACCCUUCACUUCCAGAUGACGCUGAACCAGAUCGAGGUACAGAUGGAACAGCACAACUCUCACAACUCCAAGCUGCGCCAGGAGAACAUGGAGCUGGCCCAGAAACUCAACAAGCUCAUCAAACAGUACGAGCUCAGGGAGGAGCACAUUGACAAGGUGUUCAAGCACAAGGAGAAGCAGCAGCAGUUGGUGGAUGCCAAGCUCCAGAGGACAGCUGAGCUGAUGAGAGAGUUGGAGGGGAAACAGCAGAGAGAGAGAGACUUUGUGAGUCCCACUGGGUUGUUAUGGCUCUCUUUGUACAUGGACAAGUUUGAGGAGUUUCAGACCACUCUGGCGAAAAGCAACGAGGUGUUCACUACCUUCAGACAGGAGAUGGAGAAGAUGACCAAGAAGAUCAAGAAGCUGGAGAAGGAGACGACUCUGUGGAGAACGAAGUGGGAGACGAACAACCAGGCUCUGCUACAGAUGGCUGAGGAGAAGACACUGCGGGACAAACAUCACAAAGGCCUGCACGGGAAGCUGGAGUGCCUGGAGAAACUGUGCCGGGCUUUGCAGAAGGAGAGGGACGACCUCACCACCAAACUGGGAGACCUACAGUCAACAACCGAGGAGGGGACGGAACCUCUAGACCCCCAGCCCAGCCAGGAGUCUACCCAGGAUGAGAUGUCUCCGCCUGGGAGCGGGGAAGAGACGCAGUCCCUUACUACCCCUGAACUGGAGCUAGAGUCCUCCACCACAGAGCAACUUGACAACUGAGCCACUAACCCCCUCUGCCUUUUGGGGGGUAUUUGAAUACAGUAUAUCUUUUUUUUGUGUUAAAGUUAUAAUUAAGAUUAAAAUGACUGCAUUAUUAACAAUGAA